GACAGGGGGAUGCUGUUCUCCAUUCUGACUUAGGUUGCAUCCCUCAGUCUUCUAGCUGAAACUUUGCUGCUCCUGUGCUUACUGCUUACUUUAAACAAGGACAAAACUCAUCUGAAGGCUAAGCUGAUCCUGUUACUGAUCAGUAAUCUAGCCAAACCAUGAGGGUGGUCCUCCUGCUUUGUCUGCUAGCACUAGGCAGCAGUAGCAAACACUACAAGCCAGUCAACAUCAUGGACUUCAUGAGAGACUACGACGUGAUGAUGGCUGAUUCGAGGGACGACGACGACGAUGACGACGAUGAUGACGAUGACAAAAACAGCCAUUAUCAUGAUUACUAUGGCGACUGUCCAAUCGGUUGCCAUUGCUCACCAAAAGUGGUACAAUGCUCCGAUCAAGGCUUGAUUGAUGUGCCUGCUAAGAUUCCUGAUCACACCGUGAUGAUUGACCUCCAAAACAAUGACAUCACCGAGAUCAAGGAGGAUGACUUUAAAGGCCUGGACAACCUUUAUGGCUUGUUCCUGAUCAAUAACAAGAUCUCAAAGAUUCACCCCAGGGCCUUCAAAAACAUGAAUCAUCUUCGACUGCUGUACCUGUCCUACAAUAUGUUGACUGGGAUCCCAGCAAAUCUGCCUCCCAAUGUCAUUGAGCUGCGCUUCCAUGAAAACAGGAUUCACAAGGUUCAGAGAGAUGCCUUCAAAGGCCUCAAGAAGCUCCAUGUUCUAGAACUGGGAGCCAACCCUCUGGCUAACAGUGGGAUUGAACUGGGAGCUUUCAAUGGUUUAUCUUCCCUCUAUAUUGGCAUGUCUGAGAGCAGGCUAACGGCUAUACCCAAAGACCUCCCCACCUCCAUCACAGAGCUGAACCUUGAGUACAACAAGAUCAUUAAGGUGGAAGUCGAAGACCUCAUCAGAUAUAAAAACCUUCAAAGACUCAACCUGGCUUUCAACCAAAUCAAGUUUGUAGAGAACGGCAGUCUUGCAAAGGUCCCCAACAUCCGUGAGAUCCACCUGGACAACAACAGUCUGAAAAAGGUCCCACCAGGUCUCAACUCUCUGCGAUACCUCCAGGUCAUUUUCCUCCAUGCCAACAAAAUCACAAGUGUGGGAAUCAACGAUUUCUGUCCCAUCAGAUACGGCAUCAAAAAGAACUUGUACUCAGGCAUCAGUCUGUUUGCAAACCCUGUCAAGUACUGGGACAUCCACCCAGCCACCUUUCGCUGUGUAGGCGGACGAAGAGGCAUUCAGCUCGGAAACUUCAGGAAAUAGUACGGGGGGAAAAAUGAUGCUUUUAAGACAACUCAUAAAAUGGACAGCUGCCGAUAUCUGUUAAACAGCAUAACAGGGGAGAGCUGGAAAACAAAUCUCGUAGCCAGUGCAGCAACUGACACCUAUGUUUAUAGACGGAAUGUCCAAAUGAAACCCUCUCUGCUUUAUCAGGUGAACAACUUGUCCCUGUCCUCUUGCAAAGUUUUCCUAUAAAUAGAGCGCCUCCCACAGGUCACACAAAGUAGAACCGCCAAACAACCUAAGUAGUUUUACAUGCUGAUUCCUUUGGGUAUAAUAACAUUGUAUGAGGUACUGUUGUCUACAGAAAUACUUUUAAGUUGACUCUGUAACCUUCAUAAAAUACAACAAACAUAUUUUAUAAUAACCUUUUUUUGUCUUUUCGUAAGUUUUAUUUUAUGUAUUUUUCAAUUUGGGGCAUUGCUGGAGCCAGCUGUGAAAUAACUGGAGCUUAAAUCUCCCAUUUUAUUUUUAACUUAACAGGUUUUCCUUCCAGCAACAGUCUGUAUUCACUGGAGGAUAUUGGUGAUAUUUAGUGCAAUAAGUGACUCCAAAACCCAAUUUUUGUUUUCUGUUAAAUAUGAUUUCUGCAUGCAUGUCGAGUAGUCUAUUUUAGGAGACAUAGCAUUGUCCUUUAUGUAAAAGUGUACUUAGCAGGGCUGGAUAUAUAAAAUCGUUUUAAACCCCAAUUGCCUUGGGAUUUUAAUCAAAUGUGGAAACUUAUUGAAUUCCAUUUAAAUGCUAAAUGUAGGACAUUAUACGCAUGGACACUGUAUGUAUACCUGUUUUGUCUGCAGCACUUAAUACAAUACAAUCUGUUCUCAUUUUGUCCAGUGUCCUCUCCUCUGAUGGUGCUAUAUUUAUUGAGUAUGUCUUUAAAUAAACUUGGAACAACUUCCCAGUCAUGUCUUCCA